CAUUUAGUGACAGCUGAGAAAGCAUGUUAAUCAUUAAUUUUGUGUUUAAGACUUUGAUUAAAAGAAGCCUUGCUUCCUAAAAUUUAUAACAAUUAUAAUAAUAAGUAAACAAAAAUUAGUUAAAAUAUUUAUAGAAAUAUGCAUUCUUAUUGAACUUUCUGUGUUAAGUGUAUGACAACAAUAAUUUUAGAUAAAAAAAAACAGCCAUUGCCAAAUGAAGAGUAUGCAUACGUAAUCAAAAUUCUUUAUUUUUUUUUUAUUUUAUUUUAUCUUGACAAAUCGAAUGACUUUAAUUAAAGUUGUUGUUUUCCAUUCGAUUGGCUAACACAUUGUUAACAACAACAAUAACAUUAUGUCGAUAGCAAAGCAAAGUAAAUUUGAAAAACGAUGUGCAACAAAAAUCACGGUAAUUGUUUUGGCGGGUGUUAUCUUUGCAGUACUAACGUCAUACAUUGCUUUUGGCCAGAAGCAAACAUUACACGAGAGUACAAUUCGUAUGGCAGCUAUUCUUUUUAGACAUGGUGAAAAGAAUCCAACAAGUUUCUAUCCAAAUGACCCACAUGCAAAAAGGGAAUGGACAGGAGGACUGGGAGCAUUAACUAUGAAAGGCAGUUUACAAGCUUUGAACUUAGGCCAAAACCUACGUCUUAGAUACCAUGCUUUGCUAUCAAAAGAUGGCAUGUAUUCUCAAGAGAAUAUGUUUGUUCGAAGCAGUUAUGCAGAACGCUGUAUUAUGAGUGCUCAAGCCAUGUUGGCUGGAUUCAUGCCACCAACUGAAGGUGCUUCAAUCCUGCCUUUACCCUGGCAGCCAGUUCCAGUGACAUCAGUCCCUCGUCUUGAUGAUACACUUAUUGCUCAAAAGAAACCUUGUCUCAAAUAUGAAACUAUGCUCGAAGAAAUAUACUCAAAACCUCCACCAGACUUAGAAGAACUGAAUGUUGAAAAUGCUGAACUUUAUCAUAUUUUAUCUGAAUUUACUGGCAAGCCAAUUAAAAGUGUUCUGGAUGUUGAGUUUUUAUAUAAUACACUUAAGGCAGAAGAAGACAUGGGAAUGGAACUUCCCGAAUGGACAAAGGGUAUUUAUCCUGAAAGAUUAUUGCCUUUAGCUGAAAGAAGUUACACAGUAUUUACGGAUAACGAUUACAUGAAACAGAUUCGAGGUGGAGCAUUUGUUGGCGAGGUUUACAACAACAUGGCUAGCAAAGUUAAUAAAACACUCAAACCCAAUCGAAAUUUAUUUUUCUACUCUGGACACGAUGUAACUUUGGUGAAUGUAAUGAAUUCAAUGGGAAUUCUUAAUCAAACUUCAACACUACCAGAUUUUACAUCAGCUUUGGUCUUUGAAUUGCACGAGGUACUAGAUUCACCUGAACAAUACGAAGUUCGAGUUGUUUAUUAUCAAGAUAGUACAGUGGAGAAUCCCAGUACCGUUGAUAUAUUAAAAUGCCCAGCUCCAUGUGGUUUAGAGAGUUUCAAAAACUCAGUGAGUCAUUUGUUAUUCGAUGACUAUGAUAAAAUAUGUGAAAAUACAAAACAAUGUUAAUUUUUUACCAUUUUUGACCUUUUUGUAAGAUAAAAAAAUUAAGUAGAAAAAUUUACUAAAAAUAAAUAGGUAGGUAUAUUAUUUAAUU